AUGAAUGUCUUGUGCUGGAACUGUCAAGGGAUCGGGAACCCUUGGACAGUGAAUGGACUUAAAGGGUUGGUAACCCUUAACUUUCCCGACGUGGUUUUUCUCAGUGAAACAAAGUGCAAGACUCAGGAGAUGGAUAAGAUUAGAUUCCAGUUGGGUUAUCGGAAUGCUUUUGCGGUAGAUUGUCAGGUUGUCAAGAAUCCUAAUGGGAGAGUCUCUAGAGCUGGGGGUUUGUGUUUAUUAUGGAAGGAGGGUAUAGAUGUCGCCCUAAGCACCUUUUCUGAUAACCAUAUAGAUGUCUUGAUUGGUGGUGUGGGGGACAAGAAUAGAUGGAGGUUUACUGGUGUAUAUGGGCAUUCGAAAGUAGAGCUCCGACAUUUGACCUGGGCUCUCAUCACUAAAAUUGGGUAUAAUAAUCACUGGCCGUGGUUGAUUGGUGGCGACUUCAACGAGAUACUCAAGGCUUGUGAGAAAGAAGGGGGUCCUCCUAGGUGUACUAGACAAAUGGAAGCCUUUAGAAGAUGUGUGGAAGGGUGUUGUCUUAACGACCUAAAUUUUGUAGGUCCUUGCUUUACUUGGAGAGGUAAGCGGGGGGGUGAAGAAAUAAAGGUGAGGUUGGAUAGGUUCAUGGCUACUAGAAGUUGGAGUGAUCUUUUUCCUACCUCACGUGUCACUCAUCUUAAACCCUCAAAGUCAGACCACUUACCAAUUCUUGUGGAGGUGCGUUCUACUAUACCGAGGAAGCGACGGAGGAAGCGACGCUUCCGGUUCGAAGAGCAUUGGCUGCAUGAAGCGGAAUGUGCAAAUGUGGUAAAGGAUGGUUGGGAGAGUGUUGCAGGCAACGACCCCUUUCAAACUAUUUGUAUGAGGAUUGAGCAGACAAGGAAAGCUUUAUGGGUUUGGAGUGAUCAGAAGUUCGGCCAUCUCAAAGCGGAGAUUGAGCGGAUCCGAGCCAAGCUUGCUGUUUUCUAUGAUAAGUCGUUGUCAGCAUAUCCUGAGGAGGAGCGUUUGGAGUUGGAAACUAAACUAAAUGACUUGCUGUAUCAUGAACAUAAUUAUUGGCAACAAAGGUCAAGGGUUAUGUGGUUGACUGAUGGAGAUUUAAACACGAGAUUCUUUCAUCAUAGAGCUAGCAACAGAAAGAAAAGAAACGCUAUUUCUGGGUUGUUCAACAAUGACGGAGUGUGGUGUACUGAAGACUCUGAUUUGGAGAAUAUUGUGCUGGACUAUUUCGGUACCUUAUUCUCUACUAGCUCUCCUAAAAAUAUGGAAUUGUUUACUAACCUAUUCCCACAAGUGGUUACCGGUGCGAUGAACUCCGAGUUAGUUAGGGAGUUUGGGGAAGAGGAAAUUCUGCAGGCAUUGAAUCAAAUGCAUCCUCUGAAGGCACCAGGGCCAGACGGGUUUUCACCAAUUUUUUACCAACGUUAUUGGUCUGUGGUUGGUAGAGAUGUCAUAGCUGCUGUACGUUGUUUCAUGAAUUCUGAGGAUUUUCUUCGAGAAGUUAAUGGCACCUAUGUUACUCUGAUACCUAAGGUGAAGGAGGUAGAAAACAUGCAACAACUCCGUCCAAUAAGCCUAUGCAACGUGAUCUAUAAAUUGGGUUCCAAAGUGCUCGCAAACAGACUUAAACCUCUCCUCCAAGAUAUUAUUGCUCCGACCCAAAGCGCAUUUGUCCCGGGACGACAAAUAUCGGAUAAUUCGUUACUGGCUUUUGAGUUAUCUCAUUUUUUGAAGAGACGGACUGGGGGAUCACAUGGUUAUGGUGCAUUGAAACUCGACAUGAGCAAGGCAUAUGACAGAGUCGAGUGGGAAUUUAUUGAGGCUGUAAUGCGUAGUAUGGGGUUCGACCAAAUUUGGAUUAAGUGGAUUAUGGGGUGUGUAACAACAGUGUCAUACUCCUUCUUAUUAAAUGGGGAACCUAGAGGCCAUCUAAUUCCUACUCGGGGAUUGAGACAAGGGGACUCCAUAUCCCCGUAUUUAUUCUUGCUUUGCGCGGAAGGUUUGUCACGAAUGUUGUCGUAUGAAGAAGAGCAGCACCGUUUACAUGGAAUAGCCAUUGCCAUGGGGGCUCCCUCAAUAAAUCACUUAUUCUUCGCGGAUGAUUCCUUUGUCUUUAUGAAGGCAGAGAGGGAGGAAUGUGCAAGAGUGAAAGAGAUUUUGAAAUGGUAUGAAGAUGCAUCGGGUCAGCAGGUUAACUUUCAAAAGAGUAAAAUUUCUUUUUCAAAGAAUGUUGAUAUUGGUUGUCAGGAGGAGCUGGCGGAAGUGUUUGGGGUCGAAAGGGUUGAUAAACAUGACAAAUAUCUUGGCCUCCCUACUGAAGUAAGUUAUUCAAAAACAGAGGCUUUUCAAUUCAUUAUGGAAAAAACUAGGAACAAAAUGAAGAACUGGAAGGACAAGACUCUGAGUGUGGCCGGGAAGGAAGUAAUGAUCAAGUCUGUGGUUCAAUCGGUGCCCACAUAUGUUAUGAGUUGCUUUGAGUUGCCGAAGCAUCUUUGUCAAGAGAUGCAUCGUUGCAUGGCAGAGUUUUGGUGGGGUGACUCAGAGAAAGGACGGAAAAUUCAUUGGCUUGCAUGGGAUAAGAUGUGCGUUCCGAAAGAGAAGGGAGGCUUAGGUUUUAGAAACAUGGAGUACUUCAAUCAAGCUCUUCUAGCGAAACAGGGUUGGAGGAUACUUCGACACCCUGACUCGUUGCUUGGUAAGACUUUGAAGGCUAAAUAUUUCCCCAAUAAUGAUUUUAUACAUGCUUCUGUGAAUCAGGGUGACUCCUAUACCUGGAGGAGUUUAAUGAAGGGGAAAGUGCUGUUGGAAAAAGGGUUGCGCUUUCAAGUUGGUUCGGGUACACGGAUUUCUGUUUGGUUUGAUCCUUGGAUCCCCAGACCCUAUUCUUUUCGGCCUUACUCGACCGUGAUGGAAGGACUGGAGGACUUGACGGUGGCUGAUUUGAUUGAUCCGGACUCAAAGGACUGGAUGGUAGAUUGGCUGGAAGAGUUAUUCUUCGCUGAUGAGGUUGAUCUGAUUCGUAAAAUCCCUCUCAGCUUGCGAAAUCCAGAAGACCGGUUGAUUUGGCACUUUGACAAACGUGGUUUGUACUCAGUGAAGAGUGGGUAUCAUGUAGCGAGAUGUGUUGCCUCAUUAUCCUCUCAUGUCUCUACGUCUAAUUCACAGGGUGAUAAAGACUUGUGGCGGCGAGUUUGGCAUGCUAGAGUACAACCAAAGGUGCGAAAUUUUGUGUGGAGACUUGUCAAGAAUAUUGUGCCUACAAAGGUUAAUUUGGGUAGGAGGGUGAACUUGGAUGAGCGUAUAUGUCCUUUCUGCAGGUGUGAAAGUGAGACUACUUUGCAUGUGUUUAUGGAAUGCAACGUGAUUGCAUGCAUGUGGCUUUUCAGCUCCCUUGGGCUGCGAGCUAAGAACCAUACCACUAAUUCUGUGAAAGAAUGGGUAUUGGAUAUGCUGGAUGUGCUAAAUAAAAGCCAGGUUGACAUUUUCUUCAUGCUACUAUGGGCUAUAUGGUCUGAAAGAAACAAAUUGGUCUGGAAUGGAGGUACUUUCAAUCCCAUGCACACUGUUACGUGGUCAAUGCAUUUACUAUCAGAGUACCAGCGUUGUCAUCCUGAGAAAAGCACACACAAGAGCCCUAGAGGAGCUGCAACUAAAUGGAUGUUUCCUCCACGUGGGAGACUUAAAAUAAAUGUUGAUGGUGCCUACAAGAGUAAUGAAGGGUGUGGAGGAAUAGGGGUAGUGGUCCGGGACGAAAUGGGCAUCUUUAGAGGUGCUAGGUCCAGAAAGAUACCUUAUAUGUGCUCGGCAUUCCAUGGUGAAGCGGAGGCCUGUAGGGCUGGUUUGCUUAUGGCAUUACAUCACGGUUGGAAGCAGGUGGAGCUGGAAACCGAUUGCGCUAUCCUAGCUACUGCCCUUAACCAACAAAUGGAGGAUAACUCUGAGGUUAGUCGAAUUCUAGAUGAUUGUAAGAAUUAUUUACAUGGUUUUGAUUGGAUUAGAGUUCGACAUAUUUAUCGUGAAGCAAAUAGUGUGGCGAAUAGGUUGGCACACUUUGCUAGUCUAGAUCAUGUUGUGGAUCUUUGUUUAGAUGAGGCUCCUGUUUUUAUACAGGACGUUCUCUAUGAGGAUAAUUGUAACGCAACUAUGCUGGCUCGGGGUUCAGGAUUUGAGAUGAGCUUCAGUCCUAGUGCAAGCAAGGAGACUUAUAGGAUUGCAGCGUGGUCGCGGAAUCGCGGAGUCGCCCCGCGGAUUCAAGGUCUCGGAGACACGGAGUCGAGGUUACGGUCGAGCAAGAGUGAGAGCAGGCGAGCAUUCGCGGGCGCUGCAGGGGCAGUGAGGAUAAUCUGGAAGGGUUAG